GUCGAAUAAUGUUGCCCUAGGAUAAGAUGAAAGGCUGACAUGUGAUGGCCUUAAAAUCCAACGGUGGACGUAGCUCAUCCAGACCCUUAUAUUUGUCCUAAUUGGCAAUUCUAUCACCCUGGAAAACACUGGCGGCAUCCUCUCGAUCUCUCUGGCAUUGGCAGCGGCGCAGCGGGGUUUCUGAUUUCUGCAUUGGGCGUUAACUGAAAAAAUGGUUCUUCAAAAUGAUAUCGAUUUGCUUAACCCUCCAGCUGAAUUGGAGAAGAGGAAGCACAAGCUCAAGCGUCUCGUGCAGUCUCCUAACUCAUUCUUCAUGGAUGUGAAGUGCCAGGGAUGCUUCAAUAUAACUACUGUGUUCAGUCAUUCCCAAACUGUGGUGGUGUGUGGCAAUUGCCAGACCGUCUUGUGCCAGCCAACCGGUGGACGUGCAAGGCUUACAGAGGGUUGCUCCUUCAGGAGAAAGGGUACCUGUUAUUUUGCCUCUUCAAAAUCAAUGCUGGUUUUGGAAAUGGGAUUGGUGCAUCUAGCCUGAUAUGGCUGUUCUCAACUUGAUAUCGAAGUAACAAUUCUGGCUGAACCCACCCAGUCUAGAUUAGUUUAUCAGUAUGGUGAACGAAAGGGAAUGGGCUUGAUUGUGGUUUAAAGGCGUCGCUAUAAAUUUGAGCAGUCCCGGAUUUUUAAGAAGCAAUAUCCAUCUGGCCACUUGCAGCGAGGCACCUCAUCAAUUUAAACUUAGGG